CCUAGCAAGGGCGGGAGGCGACCCCAAGGGCGGAGAGUGGAGGAGGGGGACAACCUUGAGGGCCGCUGAGUGGGAGAGGGUGACGGAUUUGAGGGCAGCGAGUGAGGAGGGCGACGACCCCGAGGGACCGCGGACGGAGGAGGGGGAUAGCCAUGUGGGAGAGUGAAGGAUGAGUGACAGUGUCAAGGGGCGGCAGUGGAGGAGGGGGACAGUGAGUGAGGAAGGAGAGGCCCCGAGUGGCGGUGAGUGGAGGGGGGUAACAGCCAUGAGAGACAGUGAGGAGGAUGACAUAACCAUUCAAGAUGGUUUUACAGCUCUUUAAAACACUGCACAGGACCAGACAACAGGUUUUUAAAAAUGAUAGGAGAGCAUUAGAAGCAGCCAGAGUAAAGAUAAAUGAAGAAUUCAAAAAACACAAAAGUGAGACCUCUCCGGAGAAAAUAAAAGAGAUGAUGAAAAUAGGCUCCGAUGUUGAACUAUUGCUCAGAACAUCUGUCAUUCAAGGUAUUCACACUGACCAUGACACACUGAAACUGGUUCCCAGGAAAGAUCUUCUUAUAGAAAACGUGCCCUACUGUGACGCACCAACCCAGAAGCAGUAAAGCUGCCAGGACAAAACCAGCCUCUGCUCCUUCCCACUUAAAAUACAUACAUGACAAAGAUCCUGGCCACGCACAUGUUUCUCUCUGAGUCACGGGCUGGGGGCUGCAGAGCGCCGCAGUGUUCUGAGGACACAGCAGUACCCUCCCUUCUCACUGACAGGCAGCCCUUACAUGGAGACUGAAUGCUUGGGGUGGAGGGGCAUUCUUCUCUUUCCCUUUGGUAGGUGUUUUGGUCUUACCAAAGCUGUUUGCCAAUGAAGCACUUUCCCAACUUGGUGAUUUCCCACCCCAUGGGAAACACAACUGCUAAAUAUAAAAUGCUACACUGAAUUGGUGUUUAAUCCCCCAAGUAUUAAGUUGGUAAAGAGUUAACAUUUUUCUGCCAGCUCUCCGCUUAAAGCAGCCAUUGUUUCCAAGAGUCCUGUGGUUAUUUCUGCAGCCAACGAAGAUUAUGUAGCUUGUUUCUCUGAAUUCUUAUAGAGACAACUUUCCCCUUCUUUUAUGUGUAUGGAUGUUUUGCUUGCAUAAAUGUCCAUGGUGUCUACAGAGGUCAGGAGAAGAGAUCCCCUGGGACUGGAGCUGUAGAUGGUUGUGAGCUGCCAUGUGGGUGCUGGGAAUUGAACUUAAGUUCCCUAGGACAGCAUCCAGUGCUCUAAAUCACUGAGCUACCUCUCCAGGCCUUAUAAAGACAUUUUAAACAGUCUUCUGAAGAUAGCUAGAUGGAAUGUUAAAAUCACUGGGUCACUAUAGAAUAAAGACAUCCCAGCAUUUUUAGGAAGUAGUGGCCCUCUGUCAGACUACUUGUGGUCUUGUAGAACUAGCUGUAUUUGGAUCACAGACUGUUGUGAAAUGUUAUAGAUAGCUACAUUCUCUCCCUCUCUCUCCCUUCUUCCCCCUCUCCCUCCCUCCCUCUCUUUUCAGGUAGGAUCUCACUGUGUAGUUCUAGCCUCAAACUCUGAGAUCCACUUGAGAUGGAUUGCUGUGAUUCAAGGACAGCCUGGUCUACAAAGGGAGUCCAGGAUAGCCAAGGCUACACAAAAAAAGAAAGGUGUCUCAAAAAAACAACAAAAACAAAGCAAAACAAAACAAAAAAGCAAGCAGGGCCUGAGAUGGCUCAGUGGUUAAGGACUCUUGCUGCUCUUCCCUAAGACCUGAUUUCAGUUCCCAGCACCCCUGUCAGGUAGAUCACAACAAUCACUUCCGCUCCAGGGGUCUAGUGCCCUCUGCUGGCCUCCAGAGGCACUGCAUUUACAUGUACAAACUCAAACCAACAAUAUGCACAUAUACGUAAUAAAAAUAAAGGAAUCUUGGAGCAAGAAAUCCAAUUAGCAA